AAGUAGUCUGAAGGGCACUGCUGUCCUGGCGGCAUGAUAAUUGUUACAUAAGUGAUUUUUAAUACUUAUUCUCAAAGAAAGUUUUCAUCACAAUGGCUCUGAAUAUUUCGACAAUUAUCGUAUUUCUUGUUGCAGUUCUGCAGUUAACGCGAGCUGAAAGUUGGGAGCUAAUUGGUUACAAUGGGACAAGAGAUAAUUUCAUGGCAGUUAGCUGGGAAAAUGCCACACAGCUCAUAACUAGCGGAUUUAUAAAUGGAAAUAUGUGUGUAGUCUUUAUAUGGCAUGGAUUUAUGGGUACUCCAAAUACUCAAUUCGUACCUGAAUUGGUUGAUGCUUACAUCAAAAAAGGUUGUUCACCAAUAGCUGCAGAUUGGUCGUCGUUAGCCAAUCCGAACCCUUCACCAAAUUAUUGGCAAGCCGCUGCAAAUACUGAAACGGUCGGUAAGGAGUUUGGAGAAGCUUUAUCUUCUAUGACUGCAGCAGGCCUAAGACGGGACAAAAUAACUUUAGUUGGUAUUUCAUUAGGCGGGCAUGUGUGUGGUUUUGCCGGCCACGUUUAUGAAAUUCUUACUUCAUUCAAACUAGACCGUAUUAUAGCGCUUGACGCAGCCAAACCUGGCUUCGAUCCAGAGAUUUUUAGAUGUAUAACAAGUACUGAUGCACAUAUAGUACUGGCAAUAAAAACUGAUCCAUAUGGCUUGGGUUUAUGUAAGGACUACGGAACACACAAUGUGAACUUCAACCCAACGUCCAUAAAACAACCAGGAUGUCUCGGGUCACUCACCGGUCCAGUAACUACGUUUUCGAAUUCUAAUCUUACGGACCUUGUAUAUUGCAGCCACGGGAGAGCAGCGAGGUAUUUUGUUGAAAUGUUAUUAUAUAACUGUACAAUGAUAGCCAAAAAAGCCAAUAGCACCUCUGAGUGGGUCCUCUUCGCAAAAAUUCUCAAAUACACAAUUUGUCUCAUCCGUGACGUAGUGCUGGGGAACCCAGGCAACUUUUAUUUGACCACCAACGCAUAUCCUUUAUAUGGCAAAGGGGAGGAUGGAACGUAUCCGGCGUUUUAAAAUCGGAAUUGUCUUAAAAUGAAAAUUGGACAAUUGGAUAGUGAUGCUGUCACUCUCUUCAAAUAACAUCUAAUAUAUAAGUAUUUGUAGAUAUUUAGAAUUAGAUAGAUAUUUAUAGAUAGAAUCUACACUGAAAUAUUGUUGUUAAUGAUUCACCUUCUUGUUUUAUUUACAUAAUUAUAUAGUUAAAACAUAAGCGUUCAAUAUUCUUAUUAACUUAUUAUACCUAAUUGUAACAACAACAGAUUAAUUGAAAUAGAUUGCCAAUGUACUUUUUUGUGUUAUUCAUUAAAGAUAUAUUAAA